GUUGGGGAACUCAGCGGAAACAGGAAGCAUGUCUCCCUGCUUCGUCCUCCUGCUGGCGCUCCCUCUGGUGGCCUCUCAGUACAUGGGGUCUGGGCGCUGCCCCUCUCCCGAUGUGAAGGCCAACUUCAGCAUGGACCAGUUCCUAGGACGGUGGUAUCCGAUAAUGAAGAUGCCGCGGAGGAAUUCAGAGAACUCAGGGCAUAGGUGCAGCUCAAGUACCUUUGUUCGGCAGAUGGACAACUCUGUGCUCCUCACCAUAACCCCCCAUCCCAAAUGGACGGAGGGUUUGAUCUACGAAGGCAGGGAGGAGGCGGCCAAGAUGGAGCUCCACGUGAAAAUUGAGUCUGAAUCCUUGAAUGCAUCGAUGCACACCGGUGAGAUAUGGUUGUUGGAGACAGACUACACCAAUAUGGCCGUGCUCUACACCUGCAAGGACAUCUUUGACAUGGCCUACAUCGAGAUGGCUUGGGUCAUGUCCCGCGAGCGCACCCUGCCCAGCCGGAUGGUGGGCGAGGCCCUGGAGCUGUUGGAGGGCCAGGGCAUCGACGUCAGCCUAAUGACCCGGGCAGACCACACCGACUGUGACCCGCUGUCUGAGUCGUCUGAGUCGUCGGAGGAGUUGGAGGAGACGACUCUGAGUUAACCUCAUCGCUUUGAUCGGUCACUCAAAUCUUUAGGGAACUGAUACUUGAAUAUAUAUAUAUAUAUUAGUGCUGUCAAGGGAUUAAAAUAUUUAAUCGCGAUUAAUCACAUUAAUGUCAUAGUUAACUCACGAUUAUUUUUUUCUAUGCUAAAUAUCCCUUGAUUUCUUUGACCCAUUAAUUUUUCUCAUUUUAAUGCUCUUAUCAACGUGGAGAAGUGCAUCGGCUUGCCUUUUUGCAAAUGUUUUUUUAUUGAUAAGAACAUUGGCAUAUACUGAUCAAAACAGGAUGAUACAAAAAAAAAAGCCUAUAGUGCAAUUAAACGAUGAACAUACAAACAUUCUGCCUUGAACAUAGCAGUCAGGCUACUGCUUCUUUGUUUUGAGCCAAAGAAAAAAAAGAAAAAAAAAAAGUGUUAAUCGAGCGAUAAAAAAAUUCACGCUGUUAAAAUUGGUUUGCGUUAAGGCCGUUAAUAAAGCGUUUAUCUGACAGCACUAAUAUAUAUAUG